AUGGAUUCCGAUGAUCCUCAUUUGAAAAAUUUAAAUUAUGAUCAUCGUCCAUUGAGCUCAAUUAGGAAUUUGAAUUUUUUCUCAGUCCAGAACGAAAAGGAAUUGAAACAACGAUUGGAAUAUUUACUCCGAAGGAAGAGCCAUUGUGCUACGCUCGGAACACAAGUUUUGAAACGUUUAGUGGACGAGAAUUUAUUUCUCCAUGAAAUUAUGAACGUGUUACAACUAUCUCAAGAAAUGAAUCAAUUCGUAUGGCAGCCUUUUUUACAAGACAAUUUUCAGUUACAACACUAUGUUGGCUGCCAUUGUUGUUGUGACCCGAAUGGUUUUAAUUUCAUCCAACAUGAAACUGAGGAGGACGAUACCACAAUUUCAUCUUCGGAAUGGAACAAUACCAACAAUGAAAAUUUGAUGGAAGCAACCACUCAACACACAUUAUCCAUAGAACCCUUUUUAAAUCUGUAUAUUGGAAUUUCAAAAUUGGAUUAUCCCUGUAAGAAAAUUCUAACCCAUACCUUAUUUCGGAAUAAUAGCAUUGGAGUCAAUCAUCCAUUUCUAAUCAUUGGAUGUUAUAAAAUUGAAUGGAAUGAUUCAUCAUUGGUGAAAAUCAAAUACGAUCAAUUUAAGGCAAGAAACUCCAUGAUGGUUUACAAAUUUCAUGUGAUUCGAGGCACACAACAAGUACAGAAAGCCUUGAUUACCAUUGCCAAGGUUUGCACGUUUUGGAAUACCUACAAGAAAUUUUCUCAAUUAUUCUGUAAUUGUCAUCAUUUCAUUAAUGAUUUGCUGAGAGAAUUGAAUAUUGAGUCGCCUUUUGAAAGCAGCAACCAAAUUGUUGGAAAUAAUAGUCAUAGUGAAGAUCAAUUUGACAAACAUUCCGUAUUCAAGUACAUGCUUUCGAAAUUGAAAUUGGCUCAUGAAGAACGAUAUAUUGUGUGGAGUCAGGACAGUUCUGACGAUCCGACUGUAGAACUUUCUCAACAACAAGAAUGGCCUGAGUUGAAUGAUAGAAUUCAAUGGAAUGAAAAAGAAGGAGAAAUUAUUUUGAGUGGUGGUGAGAAGCAACUUGUUGCGUUUCAUUAUUAUUUGAAAUUACAACAACAACAUGAUAAGAACAGAGGACGAAUGAUUCAAGACAACAACUAUUGGUAG